AGGUGAACGCGCCGUUAGUCGGUGAGCAGACGCCACUAUGGCGUCUCCGCGUCUCUGUAACGUUUGUGACGUGUUAAUGGUGGUAAACUAGUGCUAAGAUGGUGCUGAUCUAGUUUUGAACAGGUUCUAAACUGGUGCGGAACUGGUAGCGAAGUUGUGCUAAUGUGGUCAGUUGGUUUUUUGUUCAUGAAAGUGGGCUAAAAGUGGCGUCAUGUCUUCGAAAUUGUGAUUCAAACCUCGAAUGGUUUAAUGUGUGAUGGAAUGUAACUUGGUGAAUCUGAAGAACGUGCAGCUCGCAAGGGGUCAGCAUCUGAAGACGCGGCCUGUCCUCAAGGCAUGCUCGCCACAGCUGCGCUAUUCACCCACAAACAAACACUCGCUAAUUUAAAUUACGUGGGAGAGGUAUUUGUACCACGAACGAUUCGAAUUUGGAAAGUGAGCGUAGCACUGUUCGUGAAUAGUUCGAACGUCACUAAGUGUGAGUCAUCACAGGGCGUACACCAGAGGCAGCAGAGGGCGUACACCAGAGGCAGCAGCGUACGUCAGCAUGAGGAUCAAAAGAGGCAGUGUGGUGUUAAUGGCAGUCUUGUACGCCCUGGGGACCUGCACAAUGUGGCUCAUCUACACCAUGAGCCCUCGUGAACUAAUACCGGAGCCGUCGUCGGGCGCGGGGUUCGAGGUGGUCACGGUGAGGCUAGAAGUCGGGGAGCCGGAGGAGGAGGGCGUGCUGCUCCUGGAGGGGUACGGCCAGCCUCACCUCACCUACAGGAUGUGGUGCACGGUGGAGGCCGCUGCUCUCAGACACCCUGACCUUCCCGUCACCCUCUUCAUGACCUCCCCCGUAAUUAGACAGAGCCCACUUCUUCUUGAUUUAACAACCCGGUUCUCCAAUCUGCGAAUCUUCCACCUGAACCUGACCCAGGCGUUCCACGGAUCGCGGCUCGAAGGCUGGUACACGCGAAGAAAAUGGGAGGACAGCCAGUGGCCGCUAUCUCACCUCACCGAUGGUAUCAGGUGGCUGUUGUUGUGGAAGUACGGGGGAGUGUACCUGGACCUGGACGCCCUGGUGCUGCGCUCCCUGGCCCACCUCCCCAACUGCGCCGCGCGGGAGUCGGAGCGGUACGUGGCCGCCGGGGUGCUCAAGUUCACGCGCGCCCACCCGCUCCUGCGCGCUUGUCUCAACCACUUCGCCAGGCACUUCAACGGUCACGUGUGGGGCGCCAAUGGUCCGGAGCUGUUAACUCAGGUGCUAAUUGACAGGUGUGGACUGGAGCUUCCCUCAGGCCGUCUUCCAAGGUGUCCGGAUAUCACCAUCCUUCCCCCACGAGCCUUCUACCCCGUGGCUUGGUGGGAUUGGCGGCGAUAUGUCCAGGACGACCCCGACCUGGCGAAUGAACUACUAAACGACCCCCAGGUAUACACUCUCCAUACCUGGAACUUCCACACCCGCUACGCCCGCGUGCUGCUAGAAUCUCAGCAACCCUACGCCCUCGCGGCGCUCGCCAGCUGCCCGGUCACCGCCGCCCACGCCGGCUUGCGCAUGUGAGCAAGGAAAGAAUUCCAACGAGGGAACACAUCUCGAUCGCGAUGCGCUUGUCUGUGUGUAUAUAUGGGUCUGUGGGGGCCCAUAUACGUAGCAAACUUCUGUUUAUAACCAGCCAGACUCAUGCGUAUUAUGUGUGGCUAUAACCACUUUAAACCAUCCGUCGAUGCCAUGUAGAUCUUAUGCUAUCCGGUAAUUUGUUGUAUAGGUCAACAAAUCCUGUUUCCAAACCAGAAUCGUCAAGUAAUUAGACAACCUACUACGAAACCUGCACAUCUUUCAACAAUCGUGGCGGCUUUGUUUACAUUCAUUAAGGAGUGUAGCAACUACAUUAGAAAUUAUGCGGCAGCAACUGAGACGUUCCAUGAAUGUUGCGUACUACAAAUAUUUCCCACGAAGUCCACUUCCUACAAACAUCAAGCAUUUUCCCAGCAACCAAUCAGCGAUUAGCGAGAAGCUUUGCUCUUCAUAGAUGACUGGAUUUUUUUGUGAACAGCUUUGUUAGGCAGAGCUAUAUAUUUGUUAUAUAUAUAUAUAUAUAUAUAUAUAUAUAUAUAUAUAUAUAUAUAUAUAUAUAUAUAUAUAUAUAUAUAUAUAUAUAUAUAUAUAUAUAUAUAUAUAUAUAAUGAAUAUAUAUAUAUAAAUAUGUUGAGAUUGUACAGAUUGUGAAAUGUACAAUCUUUCUAAGAUUGUACAUUGUGGAAUGGUGGAUGAUUUAAUCUCAUAGAAAUCUCUCCGCGAGUUUGCUGAUAUGUGAGAUUAGGUUUACUGGUAAACUUUAUAUUUGCAUAUUGUAUCAUGUUCUGUAUAUUUUUUAAAAAUAAAUUAUUUUCAUAUAU